AUGUACAUGAUGUCAAAAAUGAAGAAAGGGGAAAGUAUAAAUCCAGCACUUUUAUGUAUGAUUAAUGGUGGUAACAUGAAUAACUUAACUGGUCAAAAUAAUUCAACAUCUGUAAAUGAAUUGUUUAUGAUAUUAUUAAAAGACAGUAAGAAAUGCUUAAAUUGUCACUUGUGUAAAAUGAAUCAAGAAUGUUUUACAAAGAAGUUAUUAGAAAUUGAAGUUAUGCCUCAGUAA